GAGCUCGGUGCUGAAGACGCUCAGCUCCGUGGCCGAGGAGGACGAGGUGACGAACGAGAAGCAGUUCGUGGCCAUCCUCGAGGCCAUGGGCCAGUCGUUCCUGCAGGCCGACAUCAACGUGUUCCGCCUGAACUUGGCCACACUGCAGAUGCUCAACUGCAAGUGGAAGCUCUAUCACAAGCCGGUGUUCCGCCGCUUGCUGCUGGCACGCUUCAUGACGGUGCUGCUGCAGACGCUGCUGCAGCGCUCGCACGACCUGCUGCGCGACGAGAUCGCCGGCUGCCUGCACGAGCUGGCCGCCGUCGACUUCGCCGACUUCUUCGACCGGUUCGUGCCGGGCGUGCUGCUGGACACGCCGGGCCUGGACGCGCCGCAGCGGCGCACGCUGGCCGCCCUGCUGCCGCGCCGCACCGACCUGCCCACGUUCAGCUGCGGUGGUGACCUCUACACGGCCGGUACCCUGCGGCAGUACCUCAAGGAGGUGGUCAACGAGGCGCUGAAUGUUUACUGCGAGAGUCUGAAGCAGUCAGGGGGUGGAUCCAGUGCCUUUCAGUGCAGCUGCCCUGCCGGCUUCAAGUGGUGCGCUGGACACUGCUACAAACUGCAAGAGGCGUUCAUGACGCAUGACCAAGCUGAUGCCAGCUGUGUACAGAUCAACUCACACCUGGCGGUGCCACGCAGUCGUGAAGAGAACCUGUGCGUCGCCGUUAUAGCCAGUGAAGAGGACACGUGGCUGGGCAUCAACGAUCGGUAUAGCUGA